GUCGGACCGUCAGAAUAAGCCCACCUGAGCCAGCGUCCAAUAGCCAAGAAGCCACCUAAGCUUGCCAUCACCAGCAGCAUCACCACUUAUACCACCAGGCCGCUUCUCAACACCCAAUUCGCAUAAGUCACAUGCAACCUACGCAUCCCUCACUCUCCCACUUCUCUCCCUCCUCGUCGCCGAAGACACUAGGCUCCAUACGACACCAAGCUCACCCGCAAUGGCCUCCCAAGAACGGAUCUCCGUUCACAAUCUCGCCGACCUGAAGAACACCUCGGACGACGCGAUCCCCAACUACCUCAACUCGCUGGGGUUCCGGCAGGACCACCGGCUCGUGGACACGCGCCUGGCGCUCGGGUACGGCGCCUUCGCCGUCGCCGCCGCCUGCUUCGCCUGGGACUACCAGCUCGGGUUCGAGGCCACGAAGCGCUACACGGCCGCCGCCGUCGGGCUCUACGCCCUCCUCAACGCCGUGCUCACCUACUGGGUCGCCUACGUCGAGCGCGGCGUCGUCUACCAGGGCCGGGCCCGCGACGGCUCCAAGAUAUCCAUCGCGACCUCGACCCAGAAGAACAUCCCGACGUACCACCUCAAGAUCACCGUGACCCCGCCGCCGGCCUCCCCGCAGGCGCCCCGGCCGCCGCCCCAGACCCUCGAGCUCGCCCGCUCCUUCGCCGAGUGGUUCGACGUGCAGGGCCGCUUCGUCGCCCCGCCGUUCCAGACCGCGCUCGCGUCCAGCGUCCCGCUCAUCGGCGCCGCCCACCCCGAGCGCGCCGCCCAGGCCCUCGCCCCCGAGCUCCUCGACGCCAUCGCCUCCGCCUCCGCCUCUACCGGCGCCACGACCGCGAGCCCCAAGAAGUCCGCCUCGAAGCGGAGAAAGGCGUGAUAGCCUGUGCGAGGAAAAGGGGAGGAGGGGCAGGGAAAGAAAGAAAAGGGG